AUGGAAGCGCACAGUUCUUUGGCGCUUGGGUCGCGAUUUCCUGCAGCAUCCGCCGACCGUCGUCCCGUUGACCCGCCUCCGGUCGUGGAGCUGCGCAUCUACGAGGGUCAAACCUGGGAGAUCGCACAGGAGAAGGACGUCACGUUCGUCUACAAUGCCAACUUUUUUCUAUUUGCCACGCUUGAACAUGCCCGCAUCAUGGCUCAUGCCCGCGGCACCCCGGCAGCUAACACGCCGCCUGUGCUCACCGGCAUGCCCGUGUCGGGUAUGGCGUAUCUUGACCGGCCGCAGGAGGCGGGCUACUUCCUUUUUCCGGAUCUGUCGGUGAGGCAUGAGGGCCGCUACAAGCUUACGUUCAACCUCUACGAAGAAACCAAAGAGGACAAGGACAAGGACCAGGAACGCGAAGGCGAGAGCCAGCCGCCUAUCCCUGGUGUGAAUCCGGCCACAGGAGGCUCGUUCGACUUCCGGAUGGAGGUGAAAUCGCAGGAGUUCAUCGUCUACAGCGCCAAGAAGUUCCCUGGCCUUGCCGAGAGUACAGCGCUCAGCCGUGUGGUUGCGGAGCAGGGAUGCCGCGUCAGGAUUCGCCGUGACGUGCGGAUGAGGCGCCGUGAUGGCAAGGGCACUGGGGACUACGACAAUGCCGAAGACGAGUACAGCCGCAGGAGAAGGACCGCUACGCCUGUUGACACGCGGCCCGACUACAACCGAGCUCGUUCCAUGAGUGGCAGCACGGAGCGGACGCCCUACUCGGCGGCCGACCCCCAGCGACGACCGUCGAUGGCUGACUACCCGUCAGGGUAUUCGCAGAACCCCCCGCCUGGUGGACACUUGCAGUUCUUAGGUGGGAAUGCGAGCUCGCAAUAUCCUGCCGCACCACCACCGAGCUUUGCUCAGCCGCCAUCCGUGCCUGCAUCGCCCGUGUAUCCACCAAGCCAGGCAGCCCCAUACCCAAUGCAGUCCUCAUUCCCGCCGCCUCCGCCGCCGCCGACGGCGAAGUCGCACAGUCGAGAGCGGACGCCUUCGCAGCCGGGGUAUCCCCCGAUCAACCCGGCGCCACCGCGCCGUGAGAGCGUGCAGCAUGACUACCGUCCUCAGCUGCCACCCCCGAGCCUGCCGGCCCAUCGCCCUCCGACACCGCAGCAGAGGCAGAUGCCGCCACUGAAGCCUCAGCUUCCUCCGCUGCACAUCGACAACGGCAUUCCCAGUGUGGCCCGUCUGCCCAUGCCUAGCCCGACGACUCUGGGCGCCCUUCCUCGUCCUCUCGCGGCCCUUACCAGCAGCAGCAAGGGACCCGUUCACCCGGCCACGCUGCCGCCGCCGCCGCAAUAUGCAGGCAGCAAGCGGGCGCGCGAUCAGACAUUCAGGCAGGAGGAAGAGCAGCCUCGGUUCCAGGACGGUGCGCGCGAAAAGGCUACGGCGGAAGACAUUCGGGGGGAUUACGAACGAGCAAUGCUUUUCAAGCGCGCCGAUGGCAGGAUCAGUCAAUCUAUUCACUUGCCGUUCUAA